CUUCACAUACUAUUUCUUCUUCUCUUCUUUGUUCAUAUGUUUAUUGAUUCUUUAAGCUUUUUGAUGCUUUAAUGCGUUUUAUUUUACAUCUGGUAUUUAUGUUAUUGCUGUUUUGAUGCAUAAAUUCAUUGAAAGAACAGUUGUUUUUAAUAAAUUUUUAUCUGAUGUUUCAACUUUGUUUAACAGGUAUAAAUAUGGAAAACAAUUUCCAUACCCUUCCAUCUCUUGUUUCAUGGUAGUAAUUGAAUUAUUAUAUAUCAGGUUUUAAAAGAGGAUUGAAGGCAUUUUAAGGGAUCCAUUUGCUGUCGUGUUUCAAUAUGGGAAGGGAAAUUGAUAAUGAUGAUGAUGUUGAAUUUGGGAGUUAUCAUCACCACCAUCCUGGUUGCAUGGGGGCCAUAUUUGAUUAUCAUCAUUGGUAUAAUGUCAAAAAGAUGUUCCCAUACAGAAAGUACAACAGGGGAAGACAUGUCAGAUGCUGUGCAAAUCCACGAACUAUUUCCAUGGAACGUGAAGUCAUUGAAACCCAAGGAUUGUUACAUGCUGAGGUUGACCACUUCCAAGUUCCACAGCAAACAAGAAAAACAAGUCUAUCCAUCAACAAAGGCUCAAAUAAAACCUCCACAAAGGCGUUUUCAGCAAGACCAGAGUUACUGCAAAUGUAUUCAACCCAUCAUUUGGAACAUUCAGGUUUCGGUUUUGGUUGGAUUAAUCCAAUUAUUCUCAUCAAUAUGAGAACUGACACCUCUGGUAUGAGCUCGACUUCGUCUCCAGCAGAAGGGAAAACGUCUGAUUCACCACGAACUCGAUAUCUGCAGUUUAGUACACUCGAGCAUAAGCAGAAGGAAGUUUGGUCAUUCAGAAAAGGAGAAAAAAAACAAGUUGCUGGUACUCAAUCAUCCCAGGGAUCUGAUUCUCAAAAGCGGAACCGUUUCAUUAUGAAUCGACUCAAGGAUUUUAAGCAGAGAAUUAAGCAGGCCAUCAAGGAAAGCAAAAAGGGUACUAACCACACCAUUCAAGCUUCUAUAAAUGAAGAUGGUACUGAUCUUGAUAUCAACAAUGGUGGACUCAAUAGGAUGAGCAGAACGAAGUUGAUAAACGAGUCAUUAGAUCGAUACACGGAAUCUUUCAAGCAUGGUGCACAUAAUAGACCAAAAUCAAUCAGUAUUGGUGAAGGUAUAGAUAAGUUUGAACUAGUGGAAGUUGUUAUAGAAGCUGAAUUGCAGGAGAACAUGAGAGAAAUAAAUAACCAUGAUAAUUUUAGUUCAACUUGUUUAUCAAUGGAAACAAAUGAUGAAAACAUUGCUAAACCAUGUGACUUAGCAAUGGAGGAAACCAGUCCUCACCAAGAACAAGAGCGUGUUUGUGAAGACAAUCCAAGCAGAGAACAAGAGGUUGAUUUAUGUUACAAUUACGUUAGAGAUAUUCUGGAGCUAUCAGGUUUGCUACAAAACCAAUGCCUCCAUCCAUGGUACUCACCACACCAACCAUUGAACCCUUUGCUGUUCAAGCAACUGGAGACAUUGCUGCACCCUGAACUUAAACAUUGCUCCAUUGAUGAUCACCAGCUUGUUUUUGAUCUAGUUAAUGAGGCACUCGUGGGGAUGAGUGAAAAAGCAUGUGUUCAUAAAUUCCCCAAGCCCUUUAACCGUGGCAUUGGUUUAAUGUUUAAAGGAAACGCUGUUCUUCUUCAAGAGGUGUGGAGAUACGUCAGUGGGAACAUGGGGUUUCAACAGGAACAUGAUGGGUCGUUGGAUGAUAUUGUGGGUCGAGAUAUGGAGAAAGAUGCUUGGAUGUUCCUUCAAGGUGAAGAUGACUUUGUGGCACUUGAGCUUCAAGAGUUGGUUUUCGAUGGGCUUUUAGAUGAACUUCUUUGUGACUGAUUGAGGAGAAUAUGAAUUCGAGCUCCUCUUAGCUUCUAAUAUAUAUAUAAGCUUUGUUUAUAGAUAUUUUCUUACACUUUUCUUUCUCUGUUAUAUAUAAGUGUGGCUUGUUGACGAAA